AUGCGGUCGACGAAACACUGGCGAGCUCCGUCCAAGGAUCCAACUACCAAGGAUUUGCCUGGGCCUGGUCGUGAGGCAAAAAGUGCCAGCGAUGGUGACUUGGGCAAUGCCUUGCGAUCACUCAAGACACAAGGCCGAUUACAUCGAGCUGCUGUGCAUGACAAGUUCUGCUACGGUGCUGAUGCUACUGGUGGUGAGGUGAUCAAAGGUGCUGGCGCUGUGCCUACUUGCAGUGGUGUAUGGACCUCCGAUAUGUCGGAGCUGGUCAAGUUCCACAACCGCUCAGUGCGGCACAUCAAGCCGUCCAAACUGGCCCUCAUCCCAGUGGAAGAUAAGAAGAAAAAGAAAAAGAAGAAGGUCGAUGAAGAUGAGCUGUGCAUGAGCGAGCGUGAGUUGUAUGAGGCCGACCAGUCCUACCGCAACAUCAGGAAACUCAGGCGAGCAUUCUACCCCGACUCAUUCGAGAGGGAGAAGACUAACAAGGAGGCCGCAGUUGCCUCUGUCAGCUCGCUGAUCGCUGGCCGGCUAUUACAAGCCUAG